CGCCGUUAAGUUAUCAACCAACUUCAAAUCUAUCUUAGUUAAAAAUAAAAAUAAUUGAAAUUGGAGUUAAUAAAGUAACAUUCUGGUGUUUAAAUUAAAGUUGAGGAUUAUUAUUAAAAUAAUCAAUGGACGUCCUAUUUUAGGGACGUAGGAUAUCCAUCAGUGAUUACGAAAUCCAGUGUUUGUAUUGCAAGCAGCCUGCCUGGCUGGGUGUGAACGUUCAACGUCCCCAGUUCAUUUUCUAACGAAGCCUAGUUCUGCUCGCACGUCUCUGCUUAUCGUUUCACCAAAAAAAUCGUUCAAGGUCAGAGUUUUUAAGUGAUAAUGUCAUAAUUAAUAAGCUACAAGUUUAAUAUCUCACAGUUAUUAAUUAGUGUCAUCAUAAAUUAUUUAUUAUCAGCUAAAAUAUUAAUAGAAAAAUAAUAUUAAUAAUCAGUGUAACGAUUAGUGAGUCUGCGAUAACGGGCGUUAUAUUGGAUACACGUGAUAAUCUGCGUACGUGACAUAAUAACUAGUAAUAAUAACAAUGGUGGAGAAACAAUCAUUACAACAAGUCGUAGCUGCUUUGCAAUUACCCGCAGUAGUAGCAUUUGGAAAUCCUCUGCUGGAUGUUGUGUCUACAAUUCAGGAUGCCAAUUUAUUGGAAAAAUAUAAAUUGGAAGUUGACAGUGAGAUUGAAUUGCCAGAGGAUAUUAUUCAACAAAUCUUAGCUGAUUUGCCUACCGACUGGAAUCAACGAGUUGCUGCUGGAGGAUGUGCACAAAAUACUGCAAGAAUACUCCAAUGGCUUUGUGGAGGUCCAAAAAUUCCUCACGUUGCUGUUAUUUGCGGAGGAAUAGGCAAUGAUUCUCGUGGCGCGACUCUUGAAAAAUUAGUCAAAGCUACUGGAGUUGAAACACGGUACGCUCUGCAUCUUGAUUUACCAACUGGAAUAGCUCUGUCGUUAUCAAGAGACUCUUCAAGAAGUUUGAUCGCUAAUUUAGGCGCUGCUGGUGUUUAUACGCUUGAAGACUUGAAAAAAAGCAAUCUGCCAUGGGAAACUAUAAAAAUAGUUUACAUUGAAGGAUUCUUUUUAACGCACGGUCUUGACGUUGCUAAAGAAGUUGUCAAAUUGACACAAGAUAAAAAUAUUAUUAUUGCUUUUAAUAUUAAUGGCGAGUACAUGGUCCAGGAUCAUCAUGCAGCAAUAUGUGAAAUGGUUGGUCUGUCUAAAAUAGUAUUCGGGAAUGCACGUGAAAUGACAGCACUUGCGAAAGCUUUGAACAUUAAAUUCGACAAUGUAGCAGAUAUUCCGUUCCUCCUAAACAGCUCCAAACGCGUAACUGUUGGUGUAUCUAGUACUGAGCGUAGUAAAGAUGAUUGGCUGGCUGAUAAUGAUAUCUUUGUCAUGACACAAGGUGGUUCUGCUCCAGCUAUUGUAGUCUGGGGACAAGGAAAUUCUGUUCAGGUACAACCAACUAAACCUCCAACUCCAGUAGUUGAUGCAACUGGCGCCGGUGAUGCUCUUGUAGCAGGCUUUUUAGCCGGAGUCCUAUCUCAGUGGGAUCCAAAGUCUUGUUUGGAGUGUGGAUGUAAAACUGCUGGAAUGAUGGUCACAAGACUAGGAGUCACUCUCCCAGAAGUUGUCCCAGAGGAUUUAUUAAAAUAAUCUUAUAUAAAUUCAUGUUACUGAAGUAGCCCAAGAUACUUAAUCAACAUUAUGUAUUUUAUUCAUAUUUAUUUAUUAAUUACUUUAUCGAUAUGUUUUAUUUACAUAUUUCAUCAAUUAUUAACAUGAGAUUUUUAGUCAUAUGUGUGUUGAAAGUAUUUUUAUUUUGAAAGUAGUUCUUGGCACUCUAUAAAGUACAAAUAAAGUAUUACUAUUAAAUGUUA